GGAGCGGCAGGAGGAGCAGGAGCGCGCAGCCGGCGGGUCCACGCAUCUCGGCACUUCCAGAGCAACUCCGCCGCCUUCCAUACCCCUGCCCGGGGCUGCGGGCUCCGCGAGCGGCCGCGAAGCCCUCCCGAUCGUUCCCCCACCCCGAGCCCUGCCCAGCCCUGCCCUGCGCCUCCUGGACUCCGCUCCGCGCUGCAGGGUCCCGGCUCCUGCGCCCCGGGCGCGCCUCCCGGACACCCCGGUCCCCGCAGCCAGGACAAAGCCAUGAAGCCGGCGCUGCUGGAAGUGAUGAGGAUGAACAGAAUUUGCCGGAUGGUGCUGGCCACUUGCUUGGGAUCCUUUAUCCUGGUCAUCUUCUAUUUCCAAAGUAUGUUGCACCCAGUCAUGCGGAGGAACCCCUUCGGUGUGGACAUCUGCUGUCGGAAGGGGUCUCGAAGCCCCCUGCAGGAACUCUACAACCCAACCCAGCUGGAGCUCUCGAACACCGCCGUCCUGCACCAGAUGAGGCGCGAUCAGGUCACGGACACCUGUCGCGCCAACAGCGCCCUGAGCCGCAAGCGGCGGGUGCUGACGCCCAACGACCUGAAGCACCUGGUGGUGGACGAGGACCACGAGCUCAUCUACUGCUACGUGCCCAAGGUGGCGUGCACCAACUGGAAGCGGCUCAUGAUGGUGCUCAGCGGGCGGGGCAAGUACAGCGACCCCAUGGAGAUCCCGGCCAACGAGGCGCACGUGGCGGCCAACCUCAAGACCCUGAACCAGUACAGCAUCCCGGAGAUCAACCACCGCUUGAAAAGCUACAUGAAGUUCCUGUUCGUGCGCGAGCCCUUCGAGCGCCUGGUGUCCGCCUACCGCAACAAGUUCACGCAGAAGUACAACACGUCCUUCCACAAGCGCUACGGCACCAAGAUCAUCCGGCGCCAGCGCAAGAACGCCACGCAGGAGGCGCUGCGGCGCGGCGCCGACGUGCGCUUCGAGGAGUUCGUGGCGUACCUCAUCGACCCGCACACGCAGCGCGAGGAGCCCUUCAACGAGCACUGGCAGACCGUGCACUCGCUCUGCCACCCGUGCCACAUCCACUACGACCUCGUGGGCAAGUACGAGACGCUGGAGGAGGAUUCCAACUACGUCCUGCGGCUGGCGGGCGUGGGCAGCUACCUGAAGUUCCCCACCUACGCCAAGUCGACGAGAACUACGGACGAGAUGACCACGGAGUUCUUCCAGAACAUCAGCUCCGAGCACCAGACGCAGCUGUACGAAGUCUACAAACUCGAUUUUUUAAUGUUCAAUUACUCAGUGCCCAGCUACCUGAAAUUGGAAUGAAGGGGGUGGGGGAGAGGGAGAGAGAAUCGUGCUUUUUAAUUUAAGAUUUUUUUUUUUUAUUUGUCGAAAGAAAUUCUAUGGAUAUUGGGUUAUUUUGUAAAGUAAUAUUUCUGUGGGGAUGAUGCUGCGAGCGGCAUGGUGAGAAUUAUUUAAAAUCCUUAGUAGGGAAGGACGGCUGUCUUUGCAGGGGAAAAGGAUGGGUGUCCUCGUGUUUAGACGCGAAUACUUACAACACUGUCUCAGAGGUUUCCUUGUGCUCUGGUGAAUUCCAUGAAUUGUGCAUCCCAUAAAUUCUAAUUAAUAUUAUUUAUAGUUAUUUAAACAUGGUCUCUGUAGAGAUUUCUUUCUGUGGCAGCAAUAUUCUAAUGUCUUUGCAGAAGAAAUGUGUGUUUUUGUUCUGUACUUGCUACAGCUCGUUCUGGGGCAUGAAUGUUCUCCUCCCUAGGCGCUCAUAGGGUUCACUGUGUGAUAACAACCAUCGUGAUGUCUGUCGAUGCCACCCUUCUCAGAAAUCGGUGAGAAAUAAAUAGAAAAAGGCACCUUUGCGAGGGACCGAUUCCAAGCAGAUUCCAAGCAACCCAAGAGUCCCUUGCGCUAAGAAAAAAAAAAGCGGUUUUUUUUUUAACCCAAGGAGAAGAGCUGAUUGUAGCUAUUUUUUCUUUUCCCCUUUUCACCAGAAUUAGUAGUCUGAUAGAGUAGGCCUUUCUACAGAAAUUUUUAACUGGCAGUGCCAGUUACGCUGGUGAAGUGGCUGUUGCUUUAUAGUCAGCAAGUAUUUAUUGAGCAACUACUACUUGUGGGGCCUCAUUGUAGGCCCUGCGGGUAGAAGUUGAACGAAACCAAUAGUCUUGGCCCUCAAGAAGCUUUAUGUGGACACAGUUUCCAGCUCAACCAUUAGCAAACCUCUCAUAGUCAUGGACUUCACAUGAGGGCUGGACCAUUUUGAACAACCCCGGAAGGUCCGUGACCCAACAAAUUUGCGUUUUUCUCUGGCCCAACUUUGAAAACCACACACUUAGAACAGGCCACUUGACAUGGUGAGUAAUCCAGGCUCGUUGCCCAACACAAGAGAAGACAAAAGCAUUUCUCAUCAUGUUGUCCACUCCAAUGGAUUGGUGGGGUCUGCCUUUAAGCACCGGAAUGGAUUCGCCAGGCACAGCAGGGAGCGGGGCUGUGACUGAUUAGUCCUGUCUGCCUUGGGGGAGGGAAGGGACUCAUUCGCCAAGUGCCUCUUCCUGUGAUGUCAGCCCAGCACCCAUGCCUCAGCAUAGAAGUGUUCUCUCCUCUUUAAUGUGUCCAAGAGUGAGAGGCUACAGCAGGCAGGCCUCGUACACUGGGGAUCUGGAGUGGUCUGCAUUUCUCCCCUGGUGAAGGUCAGAGGUAGACCACCUAUACACACACACACGCGCACAUACCCCUCCCAAGUCCUCCAGAGGCUGAGACCAUCAGCGCCUUGGCGAGCACCAUGCAUGAGCCUCAAGGACAGCCUUCCAUGACUAUAAUCUGUGCCCCCUUUCCUCCGGAAGAUCGGAAACAUUCUACUUCCUGUUCCUUGCUAAUUACCAUCUGCACACGCUUCUCAUUUCCAGCCAUUUCAAUGCCUCGGGUGACGUUUGAGCCACAUCCCUCUUACAACUAGUGAAUGAGUUGGUAGCAGAUCCUGUAUAUAAUAAUAAUUAUAGUUCUAAUAAUAGGGGGUGGGGUGGGAUGGGGUGUGGGUAAGUUUUGCUUUUUGUUUUGUUUUUGACGCAGUAUAUAGCAAAGGGGUGAGAAUAUUCUAAACAAACAAAAAUGAAUAAUUUAUUCACAGAAACUAUUAAAACUGUAAAGCUCACAGCCAGCCCAGCAACAGCUGCCACAUCUCGCUGAGAAUAUGACUUUAUUGAAUGUGGGUGAGGUGUGCACUGGAGAGGGUGGCCAAAGCUUUUUAUAAAAUGUUGUAUACCUUCUUCCAGCUCUUUCCCCUUUGUGAAGGGCACAGUGACAGUGCCCUCCGUGGACAGAGAUGUGUGCCAUGUGUUUUACUGAAUAGAGUGACAGGCCUCGCUGUCCCUGGAGUUGGGAGUCUGGGCCCUGUUUCUAGGCAGGGGACACUGUCCUCACAAAUAGGGCUUUUGCUAAUGAAUCAUUGUCCAGCAUUUCCUGAUAUGUGCUCCAUAGAACAAAGAGUCAAAGAGUUGUGAAGUUAGUGUGAUGCAAAAAAAGAAAAAAGAAAAGGAAAGGAAAAAAAAAGCAUUUUGAGGUCAAAUAUCCUUGGGAAAGAAAGUUAAGUCAAUUUCCUUUCUGCAGGACUUUUAAGAGCCUUGGAUGUACGCUGGGCAUUAUGAACCCCCCAAAGCAUUGAGUUGGUAGCAUUUCCUGAAUUUAUGUGACCAGGAUACUCUUAUUUUGCAGAUCUCAGAGAUGUUCCACAGAAUAUACUUCGGUUAGGUCGAUUUAGCAUAUCUGAGGUUGUCAAGGAUAAAACAACUUCCCUGACCUUUCUCCAGAACAAAACAAAACAAUAAAACAGUACCAAUCCAUCUCUAUCUGGUUUAUAGCAACAGAGGUACGUUAUCAGAUGAAUCAAACUUUUAUUUAAGUGCAAUGGUUUUAAUCCUGGAUACUACCCUGGGCAAUGAUUCCAUCCUUCCCAAAGGGAGCAGGGGAUGGUCUUGGGUGGUAUGGAGAGAGGAAGGGGGGGGUGGAGAGGGGGACAUAAGGCCACAGAACGGUCCCCCCCCCCCACUCCUCAAGCCUUAGAUUACCCAACGCACGCAAAGGGAGCCCAACCCUUGAGCAGUGCUUCCUCAAUUCCACCAUGUGCUUUUGGUUAUCCAAUGGAAUUUCCCAUAGAUUUCCCAAGCUCUAUGUUCCCACCACCAUCUUUGUUGCUUUGGGUGAGCUCACUCGGGCCGUGAGCAGAGUACUGCCUUUCCUACCAUCGUCUCUCAAGUGAGAAAGACUGUCCUUUAGGGAACAAGGCAUCAGUGUAGCUCUGCAAUGAGGGAUUUUCUCCUUGUUUUGUGUUCACAUUUUAUUUUCUAAUAGCAUAAAAACCUUAAAAAAAAAACAAAACUGAAUCAACUGUUGUGCAGAAUGUAGAAAGGAUUCUGUGUCCUUGGUGGAAAAGAAUCCAUGGGUAAAAAUGUGCCUGGGAAGCAAAAGCUUGUGUUUUUGUUUUUUGUUUUGUUUUGUUUUUUAAAGAAAACUGUUUGAAAACACUUUCCAUUGCAUGCUUCACUGGAGAAAAGUACAGGCCGGCAUCCCACUUCCAAGCCACUUUUCAAAGGUGCUGCUGUGUUUUCAAAACCAGGUACAGUUAGGGUAGUAUUUGCAAGGACAUUCCUGCUUAACCUAUCCCUUCGGUUGGAAAACUCUAGAAUAUUAGCCACAGGGUUUGAAUUCCUGCAGCUUCUCUGGACCUUCCCAUCCCCUUCCUUGCCUCCCCAGCUGGUCUGGGAAGAAAGGCAGUCAGUUGACCUAUGGUGUUUCAGGGGGGACCCACCCUCCUCCCUGUCUACCAGAUGAGUCCCGCCCUCCUGACAGCAGAGGAGUAGGGGCAAAGGGCCUAAUUCCUGCUGGAAGAAAAUUCCCAGGAAAAAAAACAACAAAAACGCAAGGCACUAGCCCCCUUAGCUGGUGGGCUCCAGACCACUGCUGAGGUAGUGAUUACUCAGGCCCUGUUCCAACCUGGCAAGAACCCAAGGGACUCUGUCCCCGGUGAAUGGUGUCAGACCAUCUUCCUCGCAGACUGCCCCUCCCCCACACACACCAACACACGCAGUCAGAGCUGCCCCGUUCUGUGCCGUCCCGGGGACUGGAAUCCCUCCCGGGCCCCCUCCUAUAUCAGCAGGACUGACCUCAUGGCUCCCCCAGUUUGCAACAACCAGCAUUUCUUCCAGCAUUUUCUCAUCAGCUGACCGGACCCUACGAACAGGCAACAGGACCUAUGAUAACCAACUUGCCCCUUGGCUGUUCGCAGGCGAAUUUCGGUUUGCUGCUCUUUGUCAGGUACAGAAGUGGCUGCCCGUACUGUUUUCCUAUGAGCAUGCUCAGUAUGGUAUAUAUGCACAUAUAACUUAACAUCUUUGUGGAGUGUGAUUUUUUUUUCUUACAUCUUUGUAUGCAGUAGAGGCUUGUUUUAGAAAACUCUCCCGUCUCCUACUGUACUGUUCAAGAAAGCUGAAUUCCACAUUGCCAACAAAAGCGUGAAAUGUUCAUGAACCUUCCUCCAGGAAAAGCCAUUCAAGCCUGAUUAUUUUUCUAAGUAACUUCAAUUAAAUUGAAGGGAAAAAAAAGAA